AAAGGCGUUGGUAUACACACUGCUGGAUCGGUAGUUGCGGGUUAGUAGUGUUCUAGGGUCAGUAUGACUGUAGUGUGGGGGAUAUACGGAACAUGGCGAUCCUCUCUGGUCUGGUGAUCGGAGAACAAGGACGAACAGUGCCUCUGACGAGUGUUGACGUAUCCGUGAGUGUUCAAGGCUUCCUGGCUAACGUCGACGCGUGUAUCAACUACCGCAAUGUCCAAGACAGCACGUUGGACGUGGCCUUUGUCUUCCCAAUGGACGACAACAGCGUGGUCUACAAACUUGUGGCCGACAUCGACGACAGACAUUACGAAGCUAAGAUUCAGGAAAAAGAACAGGCUCGGGAAACCUACACAAAAGCUGUAGCUGCUGGUGGAUCUGCGGUGUUGAUGGAGGAACAUGAUGCUUCAGGAGACAUCUUCAGGUGCAAGCUGGGUAAUCUCCCCCCAGACUCGGACGCCAAACUCCAGUUUUCCUUCGUUACGGAGCUGGCCCAGGAGACUGAUGGGUCUCUCAAGUUUGUUCUGCCGACGGUUCUCAAUCCCAGAUAUAAUCCCAGCAAGGAAGAUGAUGGUUCAGAUGAAGAUGCGACUCUCUCUGGUGUGAAUGCAUCGGGAUACAGUCUGACCUUCCGUGGCACAGUUGUAUUUAAGCACGAGAUAGCCAGAGUGUGGUCCAUUACAGAUAGACUGACCACGGCAGUGGACGGUGGAAUCGUCAAGACCAUGACGAUAAAUCUCGCUGAAUCAUUCAGUUCAACACAUAAUUUAUCGUUCAACAUUCUGUAUGGAGAAGACUAUGGCAUCCAGACAUCCUUGGAGAAAGGAAACAAAGGUUCAUCCUCAUCACUCCUUCAGAAAGACAUACUGAUGCUGUCCUUCUACCCAAAUGUCAUCUCGGGGCCUGUGAACGCUGAGUUUAUCUUCAUCCUUGACAGAUCGGGCAGCAUGAAUGGCAAACCCAUACGAAGAACCCAAGAGACUCUGCUGUGCUUCCUGAAAAGUCUUCCGUCAGACUGCUACUUCAACGUCAUCAGUUUUGGUUCAGGGUUUUCUCCUCUUUUCCCCAGGGGGAGCGAGCGUUACGGUCCAGCUUCCCUGAAGAAAGCCAUGGAGCUCCAGGAGGAUCUGAGGGCAGAUAUGGGAGGAAGUGAGUUUCUGAACCCAUUACGCUUCGUGUUAGAGAGAGAGGAAAUCCCUGGCUACACACGACAGGUAUUCCUUCUGACUGAUGGGAAUAUCUCCAGCACUAAUCGCAUAGUGUCCUUGGUAAAGAGGAAAGCUACAUCGUGCAAGGUGUUCACAGUGGGUAUCGGUGCUGGUGUGUCGACAUCGCUGGUACGGAAUGUUGCCAAGGCCGGAGGUGGGUUGGUGGAGUUUGUCAGAGACGCUGAUAAUCUUCAUAAGAAGGUGAUGAAGCUGUUGAGGCACGCUUUACAUCCCGUCGUAACCGACCUUGACCUCACAUUUGACCUUCCCGAGGGCCUUAAAGUGGCAUGGAGACUUCCGAGAGAUAUUCCCGUGAUGUUCAAUGGAGAGAUAUACACUGUAUAUGCUAUUGUUGAUGGGGAGAUUGAUGAUCACACACCACCUAUCGGAACUGCCAGAGUCUCUGGUAAGGUAGGGGAGAAGGCGUUCACGCACACGAUUACGUUUGAUGUCCACAGAGACACCGUGACAACGUCUGAAAGCUACAUGCACAGGAUGGCCAUUAAAGCCCUCAUCAAACACCUGGAGGUUAUCGACAAAGAGUUCGACGGGGCGAAGAAAAAUGAGAUAGUUACUGCAAGUAUGGCUGGCAAUGUGGUUUCAAAGUACACAUCAUUCGUUGGUGUGGACAUAUUGACCACAGAGGAACACAUUCAGCCCAUAACACGUCAAAAAACAGAGACAAGAUAUGAAAGUGUAUGUGAAGCUGAUACAGUUGUGUCCACUGACGAAGAGUCGCCCACAGCGAGUGAGAUGGUGACACUGCAGGAGAAUGACGGCGCCUGGAUGCUGACUGGGGCACUGUGUUGCCUUCUCAACGUACAUCGAUACAGACUGAUGCAGAUGGCAGUAUGCACAGACUUCAAGGUAUGGGCGACUGGUCUGGCGAUUUGCUGGUUGACCUUGGAAUGUGCAGAUGAACGGUCAGUGUGGGAGAUGGUGGUCAACAAGGCCAGAGACUGGCUGGUCGGGCAGCUAGGAGGACAGGAGGAGGUGGACAGGUUUCUCAAGGAGGUUCAGAACGCUGUGUUCACAGACGAAGACGACGAAAUCAAGGACAUUAUGUUGACUGACAAUGAGGACGACGUUUCAUCAAUGUCCUGUACAUCCGGGACGAGUUCGCAAGGCAGUAUUCCAGUUACAGACGAGACGUUGGGAAACUUAGCUGACAAUGUGAUACACGACUCUUCCAGUGGCAAGGACGUCGCUCAUCCGGAAAUCUGGAGCUCUGAAAGUAUCAAACCGGUGUAACAUAUGUCUCUAAACUCCGCAAACUGCGUUUCACGCUUGUACAUGUAUAGAUAUAGACAGUACCAACUGCGGGGAUCUCUUCCUCUUGGUUGCCCAACUUUAGAUCAAACACUUCUGAGGUCAGUCAAAUAGUUACUCAGCAAAUACUGAGUGGGCCCAAUCACGCAUUUCCGUGUCCUGAGUUAUUCCCCUUUAGCCUACCAGGAGCAAUGAUCGUGGGUUUGAAGCCCAGAUUCACCCUGAUAAAGGUUCUUGUUGUAACAGUAACGUACUCUUGUUUGUGGGUUGCACUGAAAUGGGAAACGCCUGAAUCACUUCAGGAUUUCCUCCCACAUUUACCAGAAAUGUCUUGAUAUUAUCAAAUACUGUUGUCAAAUCCAACUCACUCACUCAGUGAUGUUCAAACGUGACACUGAUCAGUGUUAACUAAGCGAAACACAAAUGUUGCUUCAAAAGUGUCUAUUAAUGUCUGUUAGGAUGUGUGGGGCGGUCUGGUAGCCUAGUGGUUAAAGCGUUCGCUAGUCACGCCGAGGACCCGGGUUCGAUUCCCGACAUGGAUACGAUGAGUGAAGCCCAUUUCUGGUGUCACGUGCACAGGUAGAACACUGACAAUUGUGUUACACAAAUGAUAAAUAUCAUGUUGACUUGUGAAGACGAAGAAGAGGAAGAGAGGGAAUUGUAUUUCUCAUGGAUUUGUUGUUUCUCGCUUAUUGUUGUAAAAUAAAUUAAUUAU